UAAAUACGUUUUAUUGUCACCCGUUCCUCGUGUUCUAAAUCACAUAUAGCGAGAGUUCUAAAUUUUAGAACGUCGGAUAUAUGUGACACAGGUGAUCACCUAAGCAUCCCUAGAUGCUAAUUUAUGCCAGCGCAUCAGCUCUACAGCAAUAUCACAAAAUGGCGGACUGAUAUGGCAGAGCAAAGUCGUCGGAUGAAGCGCUUUAAACCAAGCAAAGUCCGUGUUAAAACUCAAUGUACAAGUGGAAAGAAGAUAGUAAGGUCUAUUACAGUCCAGACAACCCCAAGUGUUUCAGAAGAACCUGAAGAAGACAACAAUUUGAAUUUAGCCAAUAAUGCCAUUGGAGAAUCUACAUAUUUUGCGGAUACGUUCGAGAAUGCUUUGUCCGAAGGAAAUGAAGCUCAAGGCCAGGUUGAACAACAAACAUUGUCAAAGCAUCAUCAGCGAAGAGUAAAGGAAUUUAACAAAUGGGAAGCAGUGAGAGAACAAUUGCUCAAAGCUGUAGUUGAAGAGGAAGUCAUUUCCAGCCUGACAUGUUUCGCAUGCCCGAAUGAAGCAGUAUGUCGUUGUCUCGACUGUGGACCAAGGCAGUUCUUUUGCUUGGAUUGCAUUAAAAUAGAGCACCACGAAAAAAACUACUUUCACAUUCCAGAAAUACACAAGGAUGGAUGUUUUAGGCCUUUAAUGAUCAAUCAUAAGGAAAUUUCACUAAAGCAUCAAACAACAUGCCCCACCUCUCAGUCAAGGGAUAUUGUUUGUGUUGAUCAACAUGGUUUCCAACACAAGAAAUCCAUCAGUUUCUGUAGUUGUGAACCAGAUACCGUAACACUGGUUAAGUUGCAGUUAUGGCCUGGAUCUGCUGUCCGUCCUUUAGUUGCCUUUCAUUUUAAGUUUUUGCUGCUUGCUGAAAAGUUUCUUCUUGAAAGUCAUGUCUCGUUGUCAAAAUUCUGCGACACUAUGGGCCUUGGCAAAUCAUCACUACAUCCUAAAUGGAUUCAAAGUCUUUACAGAGUUUUAAAUGAUGAUACUUUUGAUGAAUUCAGGUACCAUAAUCACUGUUUAAAAUCCAUUAAGUCACAUCAUGGGGAGCAAACUAAUUACAAGAUGUGCCCUUUAUGCCCUCAGACUGAUGAUGGUGGAAUUCUUAUUGAGUCCAUGGAUGGCUGUUUUGGCUUGGUGUGGAAAAAAUCUGCUGGUGUAAAUCUUUUCCCCCCACGACAUAGUGGAACCUUCUUUGCAGAGCAAGAAAGUGUGGACAAGUUUGUUGAUGAUUAUGGGAAAAAAGCUGAAGAAGCACCAACAGAUUGCAAUCAGUUCAAAUCUGGAGAAAUUGACACUAUGUUAAGAUCUAAGGGAAAGAACAAACUUUUUGACGAGAAAGGUGUUUUUGGUCGUGUGUGUAGACAUGAAUAUCCGAAAGGAUUUAUCAGUAUUAAACAUGGAGAAAGGAUAUCCUAUUCGGUCUAUGAAGUAGAACGUAUGUUGUGUAAUUCUGGUGACACUAUUGAUGUACGAGUUAUGUAUGACAUUGGAUGCACAUUGUCAUCACACUUGAAGAAAAACCAUCGUGUUGAUAUACUUGAAAGAAUAGAUCUUGCUAUCCCAGUGUUUCAUUGCUAUGGUCACAAAUCGUCAUGUCAGUUUUCUUAUGGCCCCAGACGUAAGAAAGGUUAUGGUCUUACUGAUGGAGAAGGGAUUGAAAGGUUAUGGUCUUACUUAAGAGGGUUUUCAUCCAUGACAAAAGAGAUGUCUGCAGGCCGUCGUGUGGAUUUGCUGACAGAUGCCCUGGUACAUUAUGCAGAACACCGCAUUCAACAAUUUGGAACAUCAUUGCCCAAGAAAAUGGAAAAAACUAAAAAACUUAUGGUAAAUGCCAUGUUACAGUUGGAAGAAAUGUUCUCAAAAUUGACAGUGUCCUACGAUGCUGAUCUUGUCGAGUCUUGGAAGAAGCAGGAAGAAUCGUUAUUAAAAGAACGAGAAAUGACGAAAUCAUCUUCCUUAUCCUGGCAAGCAAAAUAUGUACAAAGUUUGUGUCAGCUACAAGAACUAAGAUCAACCGUUGCCUCUUCCGAUCACGAUAAUCACGAAGCCAUUGCUAGUAUUGUAAAGAAAAUAAAAAACACAUUGAAAGUUGUAGCCACAACGGAGAAAAGUUACAAAGUGCUACAAAGAUGGAAACUAGGAGACGAAAAUUUCAACAAAGCUGCAAUUUCCAUUGAAGAAGAGAGAAGAAGCUGCACAAACGAGCGACUGUACUCAUUAGCAGUGGAGAGAAUG